AUGAACUUCGCCACAGCCGAGGCUUCUGCCACAGCGGAGACAAGUUUGCAGUCGGUGCCCCUCUUGAUCACGUGUCUGCACGCGUCUGCUGUCUCCACCCCUCCCGCAGAGGUGCGCCGAGCCUUUGACAUCAUCGAGAAGCUGCUCUCUAACCGUGUUCAGCACCCGGCGGAGCAGUGCUACACCUCGUUCUCUGCCACAAGCACGGCGUGGGUCAAUCGCGUUCUCCCGCUCGUCUAUGCGCUUCGCUUAGCUGCCUGGAUGGGGUGCACGCUAACAGCUGAGGGCACACGAUACGUGUUCAUUGACAACCUCAGUAAGGCGCACGCACCGGUGGAAAGCAACGCGGAAGACCGGCGGCGGCGGCGUGACCAGCAGCAGCAGCAGCAGCAGCAGCUGGUAGACCGCCUAGACGAGCUCCGUUGCGUCGCUUCCGUAUGGAACAUGUCGGUUGCGGAGAUUUCUGUAGGUGCCUCAAGGCGUUACCAAGACGCAUAUGGGGAGCUGCUCAAGCUCUUUCAAUCGGCCCAAGAUUCUAUUGACCGAGAGGAGGUGUGGACACGACAUAUCAACUGCCUGCAGCUUUACUGCCUUCUCGCCCGCGUGCAUGGUGUGGAGCGGCAACAGGUGACGACGCUCUCUCAGGCAACUUCGGAUGUAUUAAGUGGAGAGUGCGCCGCGUCAUGGACGGCGCGUGCGCAGCGAGAACUUGAUCGAUCUUUAUGUGCGUCAAGCUCACUACCCUUGUGCAAUGCUCAGGGCUCAAGCAUGACACGGACGCUUCCUGUCCUUGACGCACGGCGCACUUGCCGCCGUGGAUGCGAAACUCUCGCGACGUGCCUGGCAGAUGACUCGCUCCAAUGGUUGCUCUCACGCGUAUCGCUGCGCGAACUCCGUCGUAUGUGUGAAAGUGCGGUUGCUGAGUCUGCCAGUGGCGCUGCUGGCGGCAGAGAGAGUAGAUCUUGUACUACCGUCCCGCUGAUCCCCGGCUUCUCUGUCAAGGUUGCAGAGCGACUUCGUCAGCAAGCGCAGCUUGACCAGCAUCAACGCUACAUCCGCACAACAGGCCCCGCGUAUCGGCGGCUGAGCCAGGAAGAGCGUCGCCGCGGUGAGUCCCUUAUCCUCAGCAUUGCCGCCCUCCUCCAGCAAAUCGUCGAGGUCUCGGAGACGCAGGGGAUGGUGCGUCACGACCGGCACGAGGCGCGUCGGCUGAUGGACAGCUUCCGGCAAGACGGCAACCUUGUGAAGCUCUACGCCUUGGAGGAGCAGUACAUGGCAGCGCUGGAGGAGGCGAAGCUGCUGUACGGGAAACCGCUUGUCUACACAGCUUGA